UCUCCUGUGAGCCUCCAGAUUAGUACAGCUGUGGCAUUAGGUGGCCUUUAUUUUUUCUUCCUUCUUACCCCACUAGUAUCUUGAGGAAGAUGCAUAAUAUGAGUAAAGUGACAGAAGACCUAGAGACCAAGCGGGAUGCCCAGUCCCAGACUCAGCCCCAGAUCUGGUGCAACAACCACACCCGGUCUGCCCCACAUCACUCCCUGAGCAGCACGUCUCCACAGCUUGACAAGCAGGAAGUGCGUCCUUCAGUGACUGUAGUCAAUGCCAGCGCUGCCACUUCUGCUGAUUCAGCUGCUUUGCCCAGCAACCAAGGAGCCAGGUCUGCUCAGCCCUUCCAUCCUUCGAGCGGCCCUGGCCAGCUGAGCAGGACACUAGAACACGGUAGCAGUGGCCCAUGGGAAGAGAUGAGGCCUCAAAAAAUGAAUGCAUCUGGAGACCUAGCCUCCUUCUCCUGUUUGUACCAGCCCAACUCCGAAACCUCUGUACCGGCUGACCUGCUGGAAAAGAAUCUUGCUGAGAUCCAGAAACUGCGCCAGCGCCUGGAGGAGUCUGUCAGCCUCAAUGACCGCCUGAGGGAGAGGCUGGAGCAUGUGCUCAGCAAUGGUGACCAAGGAAAAGGUACUGCACAGUCCACUGUAGCCCCUCGUUCAUAUACUCAGAGUCACUCUUCCAGCUGUGGCGAGGAUAUCCUGUGACGUGAUGCCUAGAGGGUCUAGAAGAAUGUUCUCCAGAACUUUUCCAGCCCUGUCCAACAGAAUUCUUGGGUGGGAACUUGGAGGCAUUGGAUAUUAUCUUUAAAUGAAGAGAUCAAAUUAAUAAAUUAUUUUUUAAAUU